UGCCGCAAAAACGAUUCUCCUCGGUGCAGUAUUCUUUUCAAAAUUAAUGUUUGCCCUGUGGUCUGUGGUUUAGAACAACGAGAACCUCGUUUAUACUGUUUAUAACAAAGAUACUAACAAUGUCCGUUUUUAACGCGCAGAAAUUUUUAGGCGCAUUGUACAAACGUUAUAUAAUUUCAUUGCCAUCGAUAAACUUAUCUAGAACACAAAAAAUUUUUAUUAUUUGUCUCACCGGAGGAUCGUUACUAUUAGGAGGUUUGGCUCAGUUUUUAAAAAGACGACGAAGACAUCCUCUUCCUCCCUCGAGAAGACCCUUAAGAGAUGGAAAACAAAGAUUUGCAAAUGCAAAGAAUUCAAACUUUGAUGCAUUGUCACAAGUAUCAUGGGCAAGAAGAAGCGAAGCUAGCAGUAGGAGUCACAUAAGCGACCGAGCAUCGCUUAUAUCCUCUGUUCCAGGAGGUCCAGAUGGUGAUGUAAGGCUUACUCCACAACAAUAUGGUGUUCUUGGACUGGAGGCGCUGGAAAAGGCUCUCUAUUGCUGGGAGGAUGCUCUUACAGCGUUCAGCUCUUCCCUCAGCAAUGACACGCUCGCAUUACCGUCCAAGGCGGAUGCGGCGUUUACGCACGACGUCCAAGAGCUCCUUGACAUGGGUUAUGAAAUUCAGAGCCAAGCAGAACUUCUCUUUAUCGACCAGCACUCGGUAUUGUUCCGCAACGAAAGCGAAGAGAGCGUGGACAAACCGUCGAAAAUAGGUACGCGAUUAUCCGCGAAAGAUAAAGCGGAUGCUGCGUCUUCGCCGGAGUCCUUCGAGUCCGCGCGCGACGGAGUAGCAGAUUUGCGCGAAUUCGAGGAAUUCGCCGAGUUCUUUCCGCAUUUCGAACAGCAAAAGCUCUAUCAUACCGCUCUGAAACAACACGAGGAUGAAGGUAUACCGUGCAGGCGGUUUCACACCGAACUGGUAAGAUGCGGUUCGGACGUUGAAUAUUUGGCGAAAGUGCAAUGUAUACGACAAGCGUAUACAAAAUUGUUCACUAUGCCAUCUGCGACAGUAUGGAUCGCAGAUAUAGGACGUCAAGUUAUUAGCGACUUGAUCAUAUAUGCAGACAGGGAUCCAAAGGAUUACUUGAUGCAUUACGAGCGGAUGUUGGAGUUCUUGCAGGAGCCAAGUAAUUGUAAUAUGAUGGAGGAAGAAUUAUCACCGCGAGGUGUGAAAUGCAUAAACUUCUACGACGUUCUUAUUGACUUCAUCCUUCUGGACGCGUUCGAGGAGGUCGAAAAACCGCCCUCGUCGAUCAAAGCCAUUUUACAAAACAGAUGGAUCUCCGCUAGUUUUCGGGAAACUGCAAUUGGAACUGCAGUUUGGUCGGUCCUUGUCGGUAAAAGGCAGAUGUUGAGGUACGACAGAGGGUUCUUAGCACAUUUUUAUUCGAUUUCUGAACAAGUCUCCCCGGUACUCGUAUGGGGCUUCUUAGGUCCGGAAGGCAGUCUACGUUCCACUUGUCAUUAUUUUAGAGAUCAAGUGAUCGAAUUCCUCGUAGAUAUAUUCAAUUUUUUCAAAGUAAGAUACACCAGUGUUGACGAUCUUGCCGAAGACAUACUCAGGGAAAUGAAGUUUAGGGUUGAAAAUAUCAAUCAAAGGCUUUCUCUAGAAGGUUGCUAAUUAAACUUAAAUAAAUUAAAAAAAAAAAAAAGAAAGAAAAAAAUAGAUAAUGCAUAGAAGCGUUCAGCGUAUACAAAGCGCUGAAAUAAAUACACGAUUGCGGAAAUGGUCAAGGAAUAUGACGCUUUUCCACUAGUUAAUAAUAGGGAACUAAUUUCAAACGUAAGUAAUCUUUCCGUUUAUGUACGAUUCUUUUAAAAAAGAACAUAUUUUUUGUGUUAAAUGUUUACGCUUAAAAUAUUCUGUAUAAAUAUUGUUGGACUAUUUCUUUCGAUCAUAUUUGCGGACUUUCUUUGUUUGAAUAAUAAUGUACAUAGAAAUAUUAUUUUAUCGAUAUUAUUGUCCACUGUAUAUAUCAACUAUUUAAUUUUCCAGAAGAAAAGACCAUAAGCUUACAAAAGGAUACGUUUCGUAAAUAUAAAACUCGCUAUUUAUAUACACUUCAUUGUUAGCAUAAAAUACGAAAUUAUAUACUGAAAUGAACUCAAAACAUUGAUGAUACAAGUUUAUUAAUGUUUUCAGAAAAAGGUAUACGGAUUAAUAAUUUCACAUUCUGUGCAAUUAUUCAAUUUUGCAUACAUAUACGUCAUAUAUAUUUGCAUAAUUUUAAUUCUUUACAUACUUACAUCUUUUAUAUACUAUCGAGUCAAAAAAUAUUAUUUGUAAAUAAUCAUUAUUCAUUGCAUUUCAUUUGUACCUUCUAUUGAAAUCUGCAUUUUUAGUACAAACACAUGCAAAAUGUCUAAAUAUGAUUGUUUUGUUAUGAAGAAUUUAUUUCUAAUUUACCAUUAUUUUGGUAUUAGAACAAAAUGAUUUUUUAUUAGAUAUAUAUAAAAUUGUGAUUCAUAGCAUUUAACAGUAGCAAUUAAUAAAAUUGGUCUAGUUCCUUGUAUACUUCAUGAAGCAGUACUGUGCAAUCGCAUCAACGCUAAUAAAUAUAAAUUUCGUUAUAUUUUUUGAAAUUUUAAAAAAUUUAGUUAUUUUAUUCUAUACUUGAUUACAUUUUUUUUGUCAUUUUUUUAAAUUUGCAAAGUGUCUCGUCAUUCUAAACAGUACCUCUCCUAUAACGAUAUCGCAUAUAAAUAUUAAUUAGAAGUUGUAAUAUACAUUGCCAAAGAUAAGAGUAACAUUAUUACGAGUGAAAAUUUAUAAUUAAUAUAUACACACUAUGUACUGCUUUCAGUUCUAUGUUACUUCAAUUAUGUUAUACCUCAUAUUGUACACUAUGGCAACAGCAUAACAUUCCAAUUACUAUAAUUGUGCAAACUAUACAUUUCGUAAAUUAAUUAUCAAUACAGCAAAUUUUGUAUACAUGGGAAUAUAUAAUAUAAAAAUAAUUCAUUGAUCUUUACCAUUUGUAUUGUAUACUUCUGUACAGUAAUACUGAUUUUAAAAAAAAUCUG